AUGAGGCCAGCGGCGCUCCUGGUGGCUCUGGUGGCGAUCUUCUACCCCCUGGCGGCGACGGCGACGGUGCAGAUCAAGUGCGACCCCUGCGAGCCGCUGCCGCCACCGCCGCCGCCGCCCGAGCCGGAGUGCCCGCCGCCGCCCGAGCCGGAGUGCCCGCCGCCGCCCGAGCCGGAGUACCCGCCUCCGCCGCCGCCCCACUGCCACUUGCCGCCGUACUGCCCGGCGACCCCCGUGCCGCCGUCAACGCUGGGCCCUCCGGGAACCUUGUACCCGAUCGACGCCGUCUACGCCUACGGCGGCGCCGCCGGUGGACCGGUGGGGAGCUUGGCGGCUCCGGCGGGAAUCGCCGCCGUGCUCCUGUUGGGGCUCCUAUGUCUGUGA